GCUCCAAUCCAAUCCAAUCCAAGUUUCGAACGCGCGCAGCGAAAUAUCCAGGGCGCUGUUUGUGCAGGUUUUUCUAUUGGCGCAGGGCCUUAAACCAGUGGCGUUAGGACCCCGAGCACCCCGAGCCUGCGCGCCUACUUUGAAGAGCGUUGUCUAAUAGUCAGAUAAGCCUGAAAAAUGCCGGAUUACUCUCGCGCCUCUGUGCUUAAAGAGAUUGACAGAAAUGAAGCACUGGUACAGGACUACCUUUAUCAGUUGGAUCAGAUAGAGUCGAAGCUGAGGCGGUUCACACUGUCGGACUCUGAAAGGAAGAAGCUUGAAGAUGAGGUCACGUCCCUGAAGUCACAGCUAGACACAUUAGAGAAAGAGCUCACUGGGCUGCGGAAAGAAAACCGUAAAAGUAUGGCAAUAGCCGCUUGCUUGUUUAUACUGUUCCUCAUUAUUUACUACUUUCUAAUUGUAAAAACAAUAACUGGAUAGUGCUUCAAUUGUAAAGUAUUAAUUGUACAUUCCAGUCUUCCCAAUUUUACACUGUAAACUGUGUUUCUGAGCAGAAUUAAACAAGUUCAGCAUUGUUACACCCAA